UAGAAUCUGUCCUGUGCAAAUACAAUCAGGCAAACCAAGGGAAAUUAAAUUAUUUCCGAUAUCUGCACAAAGAAAGGCGGAUCGCAGAAGCAAAGUCAUGGCAAGAGGACCAAGUGAUUGUAAAGUCUAUGUUGGAGAUCUUGGAUACGGUGCUGCCAAGCAGGAAUUAGAGGAUGUGUUCUCACGCUACGGCCCUUUAAAGAAUGUCUGGAUUGCAAGAAACCCUCCUGGGUUUGCCUUUGUUGAGUUUGAAGACCCUAGAGAUGCCCAAGAUUCUGUUAGAGGGGUGGAUGGAACGAGAGUCAAUGGCAGGCGUGUGCGUGUUGAGCAAUCUAACGGGAAAUCACGCAGUCGAGGAGGCGGUGGUGGUGGUGGUGGUGGUGGUGGUGGAUAUCGGGGUGAUCGGGGCGGUGGUGGAGGUCGCCGGGACUACAGGGACAGAUCUGGAUCAAGAACCCCACCCCCACGCAGGAGGCCGACGCCCCCAAGGCGCCCAGCCAGAAGCAGUCGUUCCAGGUCCCGUUCCCCUGACGACAGAAGGCGAUCCCGCUCCCUGUCAGAUGAGAGGAAGUAGAACUACAGCCAGUAUUGUUGGCAAAAGAGGAUGGUUUAAACAAUGCUGAUCACAUUUGUACAAAGAAGUUUGAAGAGCAAGCCAAUCAUCGUAACGAACAGCUAUUUUUUAAUGAUAAUCAAUAACAUAACCUUCAGUUAUAUUAUGUAAACAAAUUAAUUAAAUAAAAAAUUAUGUUGUAAUUAAUGCCCUAUGCUUUGGAGUCCUGGCACUUUAAAAUGCAACAGUUUUUGAACUGUAGAAAAAGUUAUAUCAGUAAAUGCACACAAAUCUAUUGUUGGAAUAAAUGAUGAAAUCGGGAUAAUUCGAGAUGUUUGUAUUCAAACUCUGUAGAACAGAAAUAUAAUGAACCUGUUAUUUUAAUGUGACAAAAGAAAAAUUUGAUGUUUUUGUUUUUGUAUUUGUCAUUCCUAAAUGUUAUUAUUGUAGAGAUUUGAAAUAUUUGCCUAUGAAGAGUUUUAUUUCUAAGGUAUAUAAAUCACCGUAAUGUUUUAUCAUCAUAAUCAUAGUGUUCAUUAUUUCUAUGUCGAAUUAUGGUUAAAAUCUUAGUCAUGAGGUAUCAUAAGAAUACCAUUGCUCCCAAGUUUUUUAUGGUUUUAAUAUUCAAUUUAUUAAAUGAACUCUUCAUUUUUUUCUCCUACUCUACUAUACAGUGUAUAUUUUUCUACUUAACACAUUUGAGUGAUUAGUAAGCAUGCUUGAGAACAUGAAUCAUUUAGAGACAGUUCUACACAAAAGAAACAUGCUGUGCGGCUUUCAUUUGUGUUUUUGCUUCUUUAUUAAAUGAGUUAAGCAAAUAGUUCAUGGAAGCAAGAAGAAUUUGAUUGUUUUAAAAAUUAUCUUGUCUUAUAUUUGUUCUUGCUGAUCAAGUCAUGAGUUAAUUACCUUGCAUGUAAAUAAUUGUUCAUUUCUAUCCACUACAUCUAUAGUUUAACCUCCAUAGACUCAUCUUCUCUAAUAAGGCUCCAGUCAAGUGUUUAAGACUGAUGCUUAUUAAACUCGUCACAUUUGUAUUCGAGUUCUUCACACCAGGAAAUUUCAGCAUACAGCAUAUUUUUCAUCAAAAACACAUUUACUGGAAAAAUAAAUAUUUAUAUAAACUAAGCAUGUACAAUAUUUAUUUUCAGCGAUUGUAACAGAAUUUGUGCUGAUAUUAUUUUGUAGUUUGUUGAGUUGUUCAUGAAACAUUUAGCAUUCUUAUUCAAUUGAAGUUAAAGCCAAUCAUAUUAAUUAACCUUUAUGCGUGUAGUUAACAAGGUUGCUAUUGUCUUAAAUGGUCUCUGUUUUUUGUUGUAUCCAACAUUUUGAUUGAUUAAAAUGUUUCUCAAGUAACAUUCAUUAAAAUGAAGUUUACAAAGAGUUCCAUUUCUUUUCAUCAAAUAACCAAAGGGCUUUGUUGAGUCAUGUUAUGAAAACUGUAUAAAUAAAACAAUUGUCUUUA